AUGUUAGGCGAAUGCCAACAACAAGAAGCUCGUUUUAUGGACUGCUUGGAAGCGUAUGGCCUGGACAGAGGACGAAAAAAAUGCACAGAUCUGUUUGAGGAUUAUCAUGAGUGUCAAACUAAGACCAAGCAAUUCAAGAGAUUUAUGGCUAUGCGCAAGGAGAGAGACAGACAGAUUGCUGAGGGAAAACUGAAGGGAGAUGAAAAAUAUGUUAGCCCAAAAGUGGACAGUUAU